AUGAUGCGCGCUCCUUUGGUUUCCCGCACAGCCCUGGUGCUGGCUGUAGCGGCAGCGCUCCCUUUGGUUCUGGCGCAUGGAGGUGAUGGAGGUCACGGCAUGCACGGAAAUGGCAGUAUGGAAGCAGAUAUGCCCAAAGACGAAUCAGAAUAUCCCCCGACAUACUUUGCUCAUCCCGAGCAUCGUGGUCUUAUCGUGGGCCAUAUUGCUUUAAUGACCAUUGGCUGGGUCUUUAUACUGCCAGUCGGAGCAGCCGUCAUGUUUUCUCUGGUAUCAUCACGAUACACCAUUUACACGCAAUUUGUAUUCUUGGCUACAAAUGCAGUCGGUGUUCUUCUGAGCACCAUCUACAACGCCUCCACGCCAGAUCUGUAUCCUGGAAAUGCACACCACUCUAUUGGCUGGAUCAUCACUUGGGUGGUAUCCGCCCAGGUUCUCAUCGGCCUGGUCGGACGUAUCGCGAGUGUCGUACGAGGCUCGCACCAUAGCAUUGAUUCUGAAGCUCACAAGCAUACAUUCCUCCCUGUGUCCGAAGAGGACUAUCGAGAGUUUCGUCAUUCCAACGAUAGCGGGCAAGGUACUGAACCUGGAACCGAGUCCCUUCGCAGCAACUCUGUGUCAACUGUUCAUGGGGACCACGACCUCGACAACCCCCACAAGGAGUACGAGGAAGAUGCGGACUUCGAGGAAAUGCCCUUGACCUCGCCAGCUGCUCCCAAGGCUACAAAGUAUGGAAAGCUGGCAAAGCUGGUGGCUUCAACAAGGAUAUGGACUUAUUUUGAGUUGGUCUACAAGAUUAUCGACCGCAUUAUUCUUCCAUUUGGUUUCAUCGCUUUCGCAACUGGAAUGAUUGCAUACGCUAGAUUCUUUGAGGGACAUGGCGUUUACAGCGGUUUGGCUCACUGGAUCAAGGGAGGCAUCUUCUUCUGGCUUGGCCUGUUUACGCUUGGACGAUGGUCUGGGGCGUUUGCUGAGGUAGGAUGGGCGUGGAACAUCCGGCCCAAGCCGCAGCAUCAGAGGUGGCGACCAACUGCGGAGUGGAUGGAAAGCUUCCUCAUCUUCUUUUAUGGCUCGACAAACAUCUUCAUGGAGCAUCUGGGUGGCGCUGGCGGGGCCUGGAGUGCUCAGGACCUAGAGCAUCUUGCCAUUACCGUUCUGUUCAUUGGUGGUGGCCUGUGUGGAAUGCUUAUCGAAUCAGCGUGGAUUCGCAACCUUCUCAACACUUCCAUGGUUGAAGUUGAGCCUAUUCCUCUAUCGGACGAGGAGCGGGAACAAAGUUUCGAGCCUGCCACUUACAAGUUCUCCUUGAAUCCUAUCCCAGCGCUGGUUAUCAUGCUUCUGGGGAUCAUGAUGAGCUCCCACCAGCAGCCUUCCAUGCUCUCCAGCAUGGUCCACAAGCAAUGGGGAGACCUGCUUUUUGGUGCCUCGCUCGCUAGAGGUUUCACAUAUAUCCUCAUCUAUCUGCGACCCCCGACCUCCAUCUACCCAUCUCGACCCCCAACUGAGCUGUUGGCGGCAUUUGGCUUGAUGGCCGGAGGUAUUAUUUUCAUGGCGAGUAGCAGCGAUACUGUCGCCGGAAUGAUACACUACAAGAUGGAGGAGAUGUUCAUGUACACGGUGACGAUGGGCCUCGUUGGCGUCCUGAUGGCCUGGGAGAUCUUCGUCCUCGCGCUCAAGGGUUGGGCCCAGCGCAAGGAGCGACGCUCGGUUUUCCACUGA